AUGGACCAGCCACAUCACGGGACUGCAAUGGCCCUAAAUCAGUUAGGGCCUGGCCGAAUUCCCGAAUGUGCGUUCGCUAGACAGCCCUUCGGAUUUCGACUCUACACGCCUAACGACCAUCGACAAUCGGGACCGGGACAUCCUUCGACUUUCUUUCCUUGCCCGAUCACAGAAAAGCCGACAAAAUGCCUUCCGAACAAGGACACCGCCGUGAUCUACGUCAAGGGACGUCACCUCAGCUACCAGCGUAGCAAGCACGCCCUUACCCCCAACACCAGCUUGGUCAAGAUCGAGGGUGUUGAUGACACCAAGUCCGCCAACUUCUACCUUGGCAAGAAGGUCGCUUUCGUCUACCGUGCCAAGCGUGAGGUCCGCGGCUCCAACAUUCGCGUGAUCUGGGGCAAGGUCACCCGGCCACACGGCAACUCCGGUGUUGUGCGCGCCAAGUUCCGCAACAACCUCCCCCCCAAGUCCCUCGGCGCUACCGUCCGCGUUAUGCUCUACCCCUCCAACAUCUAA